AUGCCGGCAAUUAAAGUGGUGGGUCAUCAAUGGUACUGGUCUUAUGAAUACUCUGAUUGUAUAAGGAAAAGGGUGGAUUCUUAUAUAGUGAAGGAUAUUUCUUUAAGGAGAUUUCGGUUAUUAGAUAGAACAGAAAAUUUAGUGUUACCAAUAGAUGUUCAAAUUCGAUUUUUAAUUUCUUCUAAAGAUGUAAUUCAUUCAUUUGCGGUUCCUUCAGUAGGGAUUAAAGUUGAUGCUGUUCCUGGUCGGUUAAAUCAAGGAGGGGUUAAUAUAUCUUUACCUGGAUUUCAUUUGGGGCAAUGUUCAGAAAUUUGUGGAAUGGCUCAUAGUCAUCUUUUAAUUACUUUAAUAAGGAAAUCACAUGUGAUAUUAGGUAUUAUGGACCACUCUCCCCUAUAUUUACCUACCCCAAUUAAUAUUAAUUUAAUGUGGAAUUUUGGAUUCUUAUUAGAGAUAUGUUUAAGGAUUCAAAUUUUAAGAGGAAUUUUUUUAACAAUGUAUUAUAAUUCUAGAGUUGAUUUGGCAUUUGAUAGUGUUAUUCAUAUUAUUCAUGACGUUAAUUAUGGGUGGGCUAUUCGAUUAAUUCAUAUAAAUGGAGCUUCUUUUUUUAUUUGUUUAUUUAUGCAUAUUGGACGAGGGUUAUAUAUACACGGAGAAAAAUUUUCUGUUAAUGAUUACAAUAGUCGAACAGUACUGCUCGGAUAUGUGACCACUUUUCGAGCGGCAUUUUUAGGGUAUGUACUACCUUGGGGUCAAAUAUCUUUUUGGGGGGCAACUGUGAUUACAAAUUUAGUUUCAGCUAUUCCUUUUAUUGGGAAUGAUAUUGUUGUUUGGUUGUGAAGAGGGUUUAGGGUGGGAAGUGCCACUUUGAGACGGUUUUAUAGGCUUAACUUUAUUUUACCUUUUGUUAUUUUGGUUAUUGUUUUAGUUCAUUUAGUUUCUCUUUACAUAUUUGGGUCUAGAAACCCUUUAGGGGUUUCUAGUGAUUUAAACAAAAUCCCUUUUCAUAAAUAUUUUCUUAUCAAAGAUUGAUUAGUUUUAUUAAUUAAGGUUAUUAGGUUAUUACUUAUUAAUUGUUUAAAUCCUUAUGUUUUAGAGGAUCCUGAAAAUUUUAAUUUAGCUAAUCCUAUAGUAACCCCAAUUCAUAUUGAGCCUGAAUGAUAUUUUCUUUUUGCUUAUGCAAUUUUACGGUCUAUUCCUAGUAAAUUGGGGGGGGGGGUUGUAGCUUUAGGAACUUCUGUGUUAAUUUUGUUAACUUUACCUUUUUUGGAGGGGAGAGUUUAUAAUAGAAGUAAAUUAUCCAUUUAA